AUGGAGUUCAUGAAGCUGCUUUUCAUUGCGAGUUUUUGUGUGAUUGUGUGUGAAGGAAUGAAAACUAAAGAGUUUUUUUCUCCGAAACUUUCCAACAAAUCUGUAGAGAGUGCAUGGGAGUGCUUUAAGAAUUUAACAGGCGCGCAGAGAGGGUUCACCUCCAAAGCGAUGCCUAAUUUGAAGCACUAUUUUCAAAAAUUUGGCUAUCUGUCAAUUCCUGAUGGAGAAAACGCGACGGAGGAAUUUGACGAGAUGACGGAAUCGGCCGUCAAUAUGUAUCAGCAAAACUUCGGGCUGAAGGUGACUGGAAAGUUAGACCAACAGACGGUGACGCAGCUCAUGACGCCUCGGUGUGGCCGCGAGGACGUCAUCAACGGAACGACUGUUAUGUGGAGAAAAAACGGCGGAAAUUUCAGCUAUGGCACGAAACAUUACACCUAUUUUACAGGGACUCCGCGGUGGUCCGUCAACAGACGGCAUCUCACCUACGCCUUCGACCCCGACAACGAAGUGACGGAGAUAACACAGACGGAAAUGCAAACGGUUUUCGCCAGCGCGUUUCAGCGAUGGGCCGCCGUUAUCCCCUUGACGUUCACGGAGACGGAUGAUUUCUCUUCUGCGGACAUUACAAUCGGGUUUUUCUACGGAUCUCACGGCGACGGGAAUCCAUUUGACGGCGUAGGGGGGGUUCUGGGGCACUCCUUCGCACCGGAGGACGGGCGGCUCCAUCUUGACGGGGCGGAGUCGUGGACCGUCAAUCUUGAGUCCAACAGUCCGAUGACGGCAAUCGAUUUGGAAUCUGUUGCCACCCAUGAAAUUGGACACAUCUUAGGGCUGGGGCAUUCCAGUAUUCAGGAGGCCAUCAUGUACCCUUCUAUUCCCGCACAAACCAUAAAAGUUGACCUACAAAAUGAUGAUGUGGAAGGAGUGCAGGGCCUUUACGGCUCCAAUUCCAAUUAGAACACCCACGUGUCUACCCGCCCCCAGACCCCAAAGACAGAAAGGUAAAAAUGUUGACGAAGGGGUGGUAAAUAGCUAUAGCUAAAACUCUUAUAGUUUCGGUUAUUGUAUUACGUGAUGUCGGUUGU